AUGAGUACCCCCUGCAUCCCGGGCUACAGCAGAGAGCAGAGAGACCCUCAGCUGCUGCUUGUCUGCGGGCCGUCCUCAGGAACGGAAGGAGAUGGUGUGCCUGCCCCGGCAAGGCUCACUGCACGCCUGGGCGGGGCCCGAGAGCGAAAGGGAAACCAGCCAGCAAACCAUCUUCGCACCCAAGGGGACCUGGGCUGGGGUCUCUAUGAACCUGGCCUCCUGCCCCCCUCCAGCCUGAGACCCUACCCCUCCUGCCAGGCCUGGCCAGAGACCCCAGAGAGGGGGAGGAACCUUCUCCCAAAUGACCUUCCUCUCCUGUCAACAGACACCAGCCCUCUGGUGGGCCACACGCCCUCCGGUUACGGGACCCUGACGAUAGAGACGUCAAUAGAUCCCCUCAGCUCCUCAGUUUCAUCCGUGAGGCUCAGCGGCUACUGUGGCAGUCCAUGGAGGGUCAUAGGCUAUUACGUCGUGGUCUGGAUGAUGGCAGGGAUCCCUUUGCUGCUGUUCCGGUGGAAGCCGGUGUGGGGCGUGCGGCUGCGGCUGCAGCCGUGCAACCUGGCCCGCGCCGAAACACUCGUCAUCGAAAUAAGAGACAAAGAGGAUAGUUCGUGGCAGCUCUUCACUGUCCAGGUGCAGACCGAAGCCAUUGGUGAGGGCAGCCUGGAGCUGCCCUCACAGUCCCAGGCAGAGGACGGCAGGAGCCACGCGGCCCUGGGGGCAGUACCGGAGGGUGCAUGGAAGGACACCACCCAGCUCCACAGGCGGGAAGAGGCAAAGCGGGUACUGCGGUACUUCCUCUUCCAGGGCCAGCGCUAUGUCUGGAUCGAGACCCAGCAAACCUUCUACCAAGUCAGCCUCCUGGACCAUGGCCACACCUGUGACGACAUCCAUCGCUCCCGCUCUGGCCUCAGCCUCCAGGACCAAACUGUGAGGAAGACCAUUUACGGCCCCAACGUGAUCAGCAUACCGGUGAAGUCCUACCCCCAGCUGCUGGUGGACGAGGCACUGAACCCCUACUAUGGGUUCCAGGCCUUCAGCAUCGUGCUGUGGCUGGCAGACCACUACUACUGGUACGCCCUGUGCAUCUUCCUCGUCUCCGCCGUCUCCAUAUGCCUGUCACUGUACAAGACCAGAAAGCAAAGCCAGACUCUGAGGGACAUGGUCAAGCUGUCCAUGCGGGUGCGCGUGUGCCGGCCUGGGGGAGAGGAGGAGUGGGUGGACUCCAGCGAGCUGGUGCCGGGAGACUGCCUGGUGCUGCCCCAGGAGGGCGGGCUGAUGCCCUGCGACGCCACCCUGGUGGCCGGCGAGUGCGUGGUCAACGAGAGCUCUCUGACAGGGGAGAGCGUUCCAGUGCUGAAGACAGCCCUGCCAGAGGGGCCGGGACCCUACUGCCCAGAAACGCACCGGCGGCACACAAUCUUCUGCGGGACCCUCGUCUUGCAGGCCCGGGCCUACGUGGGACCCCACGUCCUGGCGGUGGUGACCAAGACAGGGUUCUGCACAGCUAAAGGGGGCCUGGUCAGCUCCAUCUUGCAUCCCCGGCCCAUCAAUUUCAAGUUCUACAAACACAGCAUGAAGUUUGUGGUUGCACUCUCUGUCCUGGCUCUCCUCGGCACCAUCUACAGCAUGUUCAUCCUCCACCGCAACCAGGUGCCUCUGAACGAGAUUGUGAUCCGGGCUCUGGACCUGGUGACAGUGGUGGUGCCACCUGCCCUGCCGGCCGCCAUGACCGUGUGCACACUCUACGCACAGAGCCGGCUGCGAAGACAGGGCAUCUUCUGCAUCCACCCGCUGCGCGUCAACCUGGGGGGCAAGCUGCGGCUGGUGUGCUUCGACAAGACAGGCACCCUCACUGAGGACGGCCUGGAUGUGAUGGGGGUGGUGCCCCUGAAGGGACAGGCGUUCCUGCCACUGGUUCCAGAGCCCCGUCACCUGCCCAUGGGGCCCCUGCUCCGAGCACUGGCCACCUGCCACACCCUCAGCCGGCUCCAAGACACGCCAGUGGGCGACCCCAUGGACCUCAAGAUGGUGGAGUCUACUGGCUGGGUCCUGGAGCAGGAGCCGGCUGCAGCCUCGACAUUUGGGUCCCAGGUCUUGGCAGUGAUGAGACCCCCACUUGAGGAACCCCAACUGCAGGGAACGGAGGAGCCCCUGGUGCCAGCUAGCAUCCUCUGCCGCUUCCCCUUCUCUUCAACCCUGCAGCGCAUGAGCGUGGUGGUUACGUGGCCAGGGGCCACUCAACCCGAGGCCUACGUCAAGGGCUCCCCUGAGCUGGUGGCAGCCCUCUGCAACCCUGAUACAGUGCCCACCGACUUCGCCCAGAUGCUGCAGAGCUACACAGCUGCCGGCUACCGCGUCGUGGCCCUGGCCAGCAAGCCGCUGCCCACUGCACCCAGCCUGGAGGCAGCUCAGCAGCUGUCAAGGGACACCGUGGAGCGGGAGCUGAGCCUCCAGGGGCUGCUGGUCAUGAGGAACCUACUGAAGCCACAGACAGCACCAGUCAUCCAGGCUCUGCGGAGGACCCAUAUCCGCACCGUCAUGGUGACAGGGGACAACCUGCAGACAGCAGUCACCGUGGCCCAGGGUUGCGGCAUGGUGGGCCCCCAGGAGCAGCUGGUCAUCAUUCACGCCACCCAUCCUGAGCACGGUCAGCCUGCCUCCCUCGAGUUUCUGCCAGUGGAGUCCUGCAUAGCCGUGAAUGGGGCAGAGGUUCCCAACCAGGCUGCAAGCUACACCGUGGAGCCAGACCCCCGACCCAGCCACUUGGCCCUCAGCGGGUCCACCUUCGGUGUCCUCCUGAAGCACUUCCCCAAGCUGCUGCCCAAGGUCCUGGUCCAGGGCACCGUCUUUGCACGCAUGGCCCCUGAGCAGAAGACAGAGCUGGUGUGCGAGCUACAGAAGCUUCAGUACUGCGUGGGCAUGUGUGGGGACGGUGCCAAUGACUGCGGGGCCCUGAAGGCGGCUGAUGUGGGCAUCUCACUGUCCCAGGCCGAAGCCUCAGUGGUGUCACCCUUCACCUCAAGCAUGGCCAGUAUUGAGUGUGUGCCCAUGGUCAUCAGGGAAGGUCGUUGUUCCCUCGACACGUCGUUCAGCGUCUUCAAGUACAUGGCCCUGUACAGUCUGACCCAGUUCAUCUCGGUCCUGAUCCUCUACACAAUCAACACUAACCUGGGAGAUGUGCAGUUCCUGGCCAUUGACCUGGUCAUCACCACCACAGUCGCGGUGCUCAUGAGCCGCACAGGGCCGGCACUGGUGCUGGGGCAGACGCGGCCACCAGGGGCCCUGCUCAGCAUACCCGUGCUGAGCAGCCUGAUGCUGCAGGUGGCCCUGGUGGCUGGCGUGCAGCUGGGGGGCUACUUCCUGACCACAGCCCAGCCCUGGUUCGUGCCUCUGAACAGGACAGUGCCCGCACCCGACAACCUGCCCAACUUUGAGAACACAGUGGUCUUUUCUCUGUCCAGUUUCCAAUACCUCAUCCUGGCCGUGGCUGUGUCCAAGGGGGCGCCCUUCCGCCGGCCACUCUACACCAACGUGCCCUUCCUGGUGGCUCUGGCACUCUUGAGCUCCAUCCUGGUGGGCCUCAUCCUGGUCCCUGGCCUCCUGCAAGGGCCGCUGGCAUUGAGGAACAUCACUGACACCUGCUUCAAGCUACUGCUGCUGGGUCUGGCUGCCUUCAACUUUGUGGGGGCUUUCAUGCUGGAGAGCGUGCUGGACCAGUGCCUCCCAGCCUGUCUGCGGUGGCUUCGGCCCAAACGGGCCUCCAAGAAGCGCUUCAAGCAGCUGGAGCAGGAGCUGGCCGAGCAGCCCUGGCCGCCGCUGCCUGCCGGCCCCGGGAGGUAGUGCAGCCUCCAUCGGACACAUGGACACUGGAUAUGGAUCUCCCUGCCUCUUGAGCCGCCAGCUGGACCCCUCUCCAGAGACGUCACCGCC